GUAUGUCUGAGUGCGGGAACAGUGAACGUGUUGGACAUGAUUAGCGCCAUUCGCUCAUUAAAAACCGGUAAAUCACUGGAGCCUAUGAGCGCACAGGAGGUGUUUGAUUGCAAUCCUGAGUGGUGUAUAUGUAACGCGACUGUCAGCGCAUACGAUGUCUACCAGUCAAUUAAUAAAAAUAUGGACAUGGUGCUUGACUUGGAAAGGGAUAAACCGUUCACCGGCCAGUGCACCCAUACAUGCAAUAAAACAAAAAUUGAUAAAACAGGCUAUGGGUGGACAAUUGCCAGUCGGACUGAUCCACAGGACCCCUUGGAUCGAGAGACAGAGCUGAGUGAUAUGCUCGCAUUCGGACCAUUCGUUGUGUACACAAAGUCCAGUUCCCAUGUAUUCCAGACAUACGCCGGCGGUAUACUAGACAGCCGUGAGUGCAAUACUACCGGUCCUUUAGAUCACAGCCUACUUCUCGUGGGAGAGGGUGUCGACAAUGGGACCGACUAUUGGAUCGCCAGAAAUAGUUACGGUAAGGGUUGGGGUGAAAAGGGUUACAUACGUCUGGCUAAAGGUAAAAAUGUGUGCGGGGUCGGUUUGGGAUAUAUAUGA